AUGUCAGGCAAAGUAUUCAAAAUCACCGUUCUCCCCGGAGAUGGAAUCGGACCGGAAGUCACCGCCGAAGCGGUCCGCGUCCUCGAGACCAUCGUCAAGCACACUUCGCUCCAGCUGGAAAUUACCUCCAAGCCAUUCGGCGGUGCCGGGAUCGACGCGACAGGCGAUCCUCUGCCUGAGGACACCCUGAAGUCUUGCAAAGAGGCGGAUGCUAUUUUGCUCGGCGCUGUAGGCGGACCCAAGUGGGGCGUCGGACCCGUCCGUCCCGAGCAGGGUCUGCUGCGGAUUCGGAAAGAGCUCGGUUUGUAUGCCAAUAUCCGCCCGGCGAGCUUUGCGAGCGAGAGCUUGUUGGAGUAUAGCCCGUUGAAGGAGGAGGUGGCGAGGGGUUUCGAGGUGAUUGUGGUCAGGGAGUUGAUUGGAGGUAUCUACUUUGGCGAGCGCGGCGAAGCCUCGGCCUCUUCAGACGGUCAAACAGCAUACGACACCUGCACAUACUCGAUCCCCGAAGUCGAGCGCAUCACCCGCGUCGCCGCACAGGUCGCACUCGCCUCGGACACCCCACUUCCCAUCACGUCCGUCGACAAGGCCAACGUGCUCGCCACGUCACGCCUGUGGCGCAAGACAGUGACGGAGCUCAUUGAGAAGGAGUAUCCCCAGAUCAAGCUGAGCCAUCAAUUGGUGGAUUCGGCGGCUAUGAUUAUGGUGGCUAGCCCGAGGAAGCUGAAUGGGGUUAUUCUGACGGAAAAUAUGUUUGGGGAUAUCCUCUCGGACGAGUCAUCCGUCAUACCCGGCUCCCUCGGCUUGCUCCCUUCUGCCAGUCUGGCAGGUGCCCCUGACCCGUCCAAGACCGUCACUGGUAUCUACGAGCCUAUCCACGGUUCCGCCCCCGAUAUCGCCGGCCAGGGAAUCGCCAACCCUAUCGGUACAAUUCUCUCCGCCGCCAUGAUGCUCCGCUACUCGCUCGGCAAGGCCGCUGAGGCGGACAUGAUUGAGCAGGCCGUUAAGAAGAUGUUGGAUGAUGGUGUGCGGACAAAAGACCUCCGGGGGGGUGCGGGGACCAAGGAGGUUGGAGAUAGGGUGUGCAAGGCGCUGGAGGAGAUGCUGAGCAAGUAG